AAGCAAAAUCCUGUUAAAACUGGCGAACAUGAGAUAAGGAUCUUGUUUAAGCAUGUUACCCCCUCCAAAUAAAAAAUCAAGGGCAGGUGUGGAUCUAGAAACCACGCACAAAGUCAAGAAAAGAAACCUUCUUUAUUGACAAGCACAAGCUGGCUAAUUGGCCUGACCUUAUAAACCAAACCCAAAACUAAGACCAACCCAAUUAACUGCAAACAAGAAAACUCAGCUGAGAGAGAGAGAGAGAGAGAGAUGGAGAGAAGCAAAGUGAUGAUGGUGGUGGUGGUGGCAGCUGUGGCAUUCGCCUUGGUGGUGAUGGUGCCACAGGCUGAUGCUACAAGGUACAUUGUGGGAGUAAACAUGGGGUGGACUACAAAUGUGAAUUACACUAUCUGGGCUCAAGGCAAGCACUUUUACAAUGGUGACUGGCUCUUUUUCGUGUAUGAUAGAAACCAGAUGAAUGUGCUCGAGGUGAACAAGACAGACUAUGAGUCAUGCAAUUCUGAUCAUCCCCUUCACAACUGGACAACUGGAGCUGGCAGGGAUGUGGUUCCGCUAAAUGUGACUCGUCACUACUAUUUCAUUAGUGGCAAAGGGUUCUGCUAUGGGGGCAUGAAGCUAGCUGUCCUAGUCGAGAACCCACCUCCACCGCCCACAUCUUCUCCAUUAAACGAAAAGAGUGGCUCUCCAAGUUCUAUUUACAGAGGCCGAAUUGUUUUACCAGCUGUUGUCGCCAUUGGUGCACUGUGGGAUGCAUUUGUGCGCGUCUGGUAGUGAAACCCAGUCCACCAUUUGAUCAGCUUAGGCAUUCCUUCAUCAAUUGUGAAAGAAAAUUGAGUCACAUUCCAUUCCUUGUUAAAUUAUUGGUGUAAUUUUUCAUAUUUUUGGUUUCUCUCUCCAUAUUUGAUGAUAGUUGACCUGGAACAAGGGGUGUUGUGUAAUCUUUAAGGUAGUGAAUGGUGUUUGAAUUUGGAGAUGUAUUGGGGUUUGCUGACACAGAGGCAUUUGAAAAAUGCUUCCUCGUUGGAGAGUCUUACAUGCUUAGAUUGUGGGAAAAUGCUAUGGUUAUUGAGCUUGGGAAAUGAAUUAAAAAUUUUAUAGGGGUCCAA